UGGCGCCGCCGCCGCCACCACCACCACCAUCCGCUAUCCCGGCGUGCAUCACUGGUUGAGAGCCAUGGUGGCGGUUGGAGGAGUUGUUGCUGCGAGAGGGGCUGAGAGAACAGAAAAUUCUACAGUUCUGCCAUAAUCCUCUGUACAACAUGGGUGACAAUGACCCAGAUAAAAGCAAACUUGUCUCUGAGAAUAACAAUGUUGCAUACUAUGAAACAGAAGAUGAUGAAGAGGAGGUGACAAGAGAGGAUAAGAUGGGAUUUUCUGGUAGAAAUGGCCUGGUAUCUCCUUCCUCUGGGACCGUUUAUGAUCGGACAACUGUGCUGAUAGAACAGGACCCAAUUGGCUUAGAGGAGGAUGAGGAUGAAGACGAAGGCGAAAACAAUAAUAACUUGGUGUCGUUUUUAUCUGGAAGCGGAGAGGACAACUUCUAUUUGAUAUCGGAUCCUGAUGGAAUGUCGCAGGGUUAUGUCCAUCACACCAUUUCUCCUGAUCAGAUUCAGUUCACUAUCAAUCCUGGAUCCACUCCUAUGCCCAGGAACAUAGAAGGCGCCACACUCACCCUGCAGUCGGAGUGCCCAGAAACGAAGGUUAAAGAGCUAAAAGGUUUCCCCCCACGUAUCCUGUCAGGACUCAUGAUUUUGAUCAACUCCAAACCUUCUGACAGCAACUCCAGUUUCUCUGAUGCCUCAUCCUUGAAACAAUUCUCCCCCACCAGCCCCUAG